AUGUGUGGUUCAAAUGGCUUCUCAUAUCGUUUUGAACUUUAUACUGGACAAGAGAAUCAAGAUAAAUAUAGACUACCAUCUGAGCCAGAUUUAAUGGCAAGUGCUAAUGUGGUUGUACGUUUAAGUCGUAUUAUCCCUGAGAACAAAAAUCAUAGAGUGUUCUUUGAUAUUUAUUACACAACAAUACCAUUGUUAACAUUUAUGGCUAAAAAAGGAAUUCAUACCUUAGGAACAGUAAGGAGAAAUAGAUUACCAAAUUGUCAAUUUAUUUCAGAAAAAAUUAUGAACAACAAAGCUAGAGGAACUGCGUUUGAAUACAUAACUGUAUUUGAUGAUAUUCCACUUACUUCUGUAGUGUGGAAAGACAAUAAAAUAGUUACACUUUUGUCUUCAUAUUGUGGAAUUCUACCAAAAAAUAGCAUUAAUCGUUUUGAUAAAAAAACAAAACGUAUUUUAGAUGUUAAUUGUCCUGCUAUCAUCAAAGACUAUAAUAGACAUAUGGGAGGUGUAGAUUUGCUCGAUUCUCUUAUUGGUCGGUAUAAAAUAAGAAUGCGUACAAAAAAAUGGUAUAUGAGAAUUUGGUAUCACCUAAUUGAUGUAACAGUUGUGAACGCAUGGCUCCUGUAUAGACGAGUAGAAGUUUCAAAUGGCAGAAAACCUACUAUGAGUUUAUUUGAUUUUCGUUUGAGUGUAUCAUAUUCUUUGACUAAAGUUGGCACAAUAACACCUAAAAGAGGUCGACCUCCAACAUCAGUAUUGAAAGAAAUGGCAAUAAAAAAAAGGAAACCUAACACAUCACUUAUGCCAACUGAUUCAGUCAGAAAAGACUGUGUGGACCAUUGGCCUGAGUAUGUGGAAAGCAGACAACGUUGCAAGCUAAAUGGAUGUGGAAAACUGACCAACUGUACCUGUACUAAAUGCAAUAACUAUUUUUGCUGUGGAGUAAACAGAAACUGUUUUACUUUAUUUCAUAAAUACUAA